AGUGGCUCGUCGUCUUUUUCCUGUAUCAAAAUGUUUUCUCUAAGAAACAGACUUGCCGUGGGAGUCACGACACAAAUAAUUCGAGCAUCUACAGUUUUUUCCAUAGUUUUUGUCUUAUGGUCCUUAAGAGGAAAGAAUAAAGAGAGCGGCGGUUCUUGUGGCGGCUCCACCACUCUAGGCAACCGAUGCAGUAUCAGCGAUGACUGCAGCAAAACCACGUGCAAAAUGGAUUUUGUUGAGAAGCCAAUCACACUCACACUAGAGGUCAAUAAGUGUGAUGACCCAGUGAGUGUAACCGCCAAAAUGGGCGGCUGGUCUCAUACUUACACCAGUGACGACAUUGUAGAAGUACCAGGCUUCACCGCUACCUUGCCUUCUUUCUUGUCCGCUGGUGUAUACGUACAAGUCGCACUUACUCCUAACGGCGACGAGCUACGUCUAACGGUGAAACUCCUGGCUGGAGGAAAGAUUAUGGGAAAAGGCAAUUAUCCUGUGAAAGCGACCGUGAUGGAAGGAGACUUGCCAAUUAAUACCAAUGCGUGUGGUUUCUUUGGAUGGUGGUAUGGCAUGUCUGUUGUGGGUAAGGGAUCCAUGAUUGGUGGCUCUCUUGUCUUCAUCAUCAUCAUGAUCAUCUGCUGCUGUUGCUGCUGCUGCAGGUCCAAUCGACCGAACUACUAAGGGCCCAUUAUCGUGCAACCCGUUUAUGAGCCUUCUGUCAUGGCAGCCAGCACUAAGAGUAUCGUUCCUAUGCGAGCGCUUGUGAACGAGGCUGUGUAAAAGGAAUUGUUUUUCGUUUUUAAAUGUCUCAUUUAAAUUGUUUAUGGCUUUUAAAUCACUUAUGAUAUGCAUGUAUAUGAUGUGGAAUAUCUGGUAUGAGGUAUGUCACUCACAACUCUAAAUCCGUAAUUUGAUUUGUUUCUGAAUUCAUCGAAGCUGUUUCUGGGCCAUUUAGGAGUUUAGCCGAUAAUGAAUCUUUAAUCUGUUGAUGUUGAUCCGUUUACAACUAAGAUUUUGAUUCAAGUAGUUCUUAAUUCACCUCUCAUAUUGUGGAAAGAAAUGUAGUUUAUGUGGGUACUAUCUAGCAUUUUAAAUUCAACUAGUUAUGUAGUUCAGGGGUUAGCAUGUUUGCUUUGAAAAUAGAUUAGUAAGCCUCGAGGACAUUUUCUAAAGGAAGUGUUGUAAUGUUUGCGUGAAUGUUUGAUAAUAAAAAGCUGCACAGAGAGAGUUACACGAACUCUCUUUAGGAGAUUUAACUGUAAAAGAGUGUAUCAGUUCUUCUAGCAAACAGAUAAACCCCGCAACAACGAAAUCAGCACAUCCUUAGCUUUACGUUGUCCCUGCUGUUGUGGUCUAUAAAACGCCACCGUGUAGACGUAUCGGUGUUCUGUUUGCUUCUAUAUUUUCGAUUUAAACCUCGAAGCCAUUGAAAAAUUCCAAGCGAACGAAAGGGGUCAAAGCGCGACUUACAGUCAACCUUCCAUUCGCCCCAGAAAACUUCCAGAAAUCCACACCGGAAUUUAUGGUCGAAUGGAAAGCGCUCCUUGUUUUGAUAGAGACCUCACUGCUUUUAUUGUGUAAAUCAAGUUGAUCUGAUGCUAACUAGUCUAAAUUACAUGAGAAAAGCAGAAACGUUGGUAUCAAAGCAAGGUGACCUGGAGUCUCACUUGCAUUCAUAGGCCAGGUAACUAAGCACACAAUUUUAAAAUGGCCUAUUGCGUGCGUAGCCUUUUGGAAAAGGGUAUUUUACAGAAAAAGAAAAUAUCUAAGUAUGGGUUAAGGUCGGCGCACACGAGGCGAUGAGUCCUUGUAACAAGUUGUAGGGACAAGUUCCUUCGUGUGAACCAACAACUUUUGUCAAAAAUCUAUUCGCGGGAACUGAAAUUAAAGACCCUUCGUGCGAGCUAUGGGACAAGCCCCUGUGACCAAAUUAAAGUAAACCAGUCACAGAUCUGCACGAUAAGAUCCCAUAAUUCGUUAUGACGUCUGUUUCGAGAUGAUGAUUCAUGGCUCGGCUCGGCAAGACGAUGUUGAUAUUGAAGUAGCAGCUUGGAAUGUUAAUGCCACAUGAAAUCGGAAAUCGGAAAAAUGCAAGCACUGAAUAAUUUAUAAUCUGCAGUUUUUUUGCGCUGAUUUAUUUCAAUGCUACAUUAAUGAUUUAAUAAUUUCGGUUUCAUGUUGGGAAAGUAGCAGAGUGAAAGAAUGAUACGCUUUGCCUUUAGUUUUUGCUAUGUUUCUGUGCAAUUAGCCUCCGUGUGUAAUAGUCCUUGCAGCCAGUCCCCUCGUGGAAUCUAAUUUCCAGCUCUUUCCAUCAGUUAAACUUUGAUCGAUCAAUACUACCACUAUGAAGAUAUGAUUGAUCAUCGCAGU